CCCAAUGUGAAGUUACUUGACAAAUUUUUUAAGCAAAAUGGCAACGUUACAAUCCCGACUUACCAACAUGGAUCCCGAUCUCCAACUUUGCCACUAUCAAAAUGACAUUGCAAUCUGAUUGGUUCAUAAAACAAAAAUGAGGUUGUGGUUUUCUGACUUAUGUCUUUGAGUUAUAUGAUGACUGAAUUAAAAAUUGAAAUUAAACAAGAAGAAGAGAUAAACGCAUUCUUGGAUGAGAAGGUUCUAUUGAGUAAUGAUGCCGGCAAAAUGAUAAAGCAGGAGAAUGUGGAAUAUUAUAAUGCAACAUGUGAUAAAGAUUGGGCAUGUUCUAAGCGACUACAGAUAUCAAAAGAUUUUAUCUGUGACCAGUGCGAUUUCGCAACCAAUAGCAAACCCAAUUUAAGAAAUCAUGUGUUAAUAAGACACAGGAUAGUGAAAAAAUUCAAAUGUGCUCAGUGUGACUAUGCGACUAAUCACAAAUACAAUUUCCGAAUUCAUUUGUCUUCGCACAACGAAGUCAAGGAGCUUAAAUGUGCUCAGUGUCAUUACACAACCAAUCAUAAUUCCUAUUUGAAAUCACAUCUCUUGUCGCACAAAACAGCUAAGGAUUUUAAAUGUCACCAUUGUGAUUACGCGACCACCUGUCAACGCAAUUUGAGACAUCAUUUGUUAACGCACAAGACUUCCAAACGUUUGAAAUGUGUCCAGUGUGAUUACGCAACCAAUUACAAGGCUCAUUUAAAAAGACAUCUUAUGAAGCACAAAGUCUCUAAGGAUUUUCAAUGUGUCCAGUGUGACUACGCAACCAAUGACAAAUGGAACUUAACAAAACAUAUGUUAAUACACAAGACGGUUAAGGAAUUAAAAUGUGUCCAGUGUAAUUACGCAACCAAUACCAAAUCCAGUUUAAGAAAACAUAUGCUAACACACAAAGUGUAGUCGCCUUGUGGGGAUAAAUAAACACGCUAGUAUG